GCUCUUUAGUCUUAGUGGACAAUUUCUAAUCUCACGUUUAAAAAAUGAAAUUACAUAUGAAACGUGUACCACAAGAAAAAUAAUAAAAUAUAUAAAGGGAGACGCGAACGCUACUACUUCAACUUUUUAAAACUUUUAAUCUUUAUCAAGAUCCCAUCUUUAAAUUGAUAUGAGCUCAUUUGCCAUUUCAAAUUUCAACAAUUUAGCAUGGCAAGAGUCUUUUCCUUCAUCAAUGGUUCCACGAGCCUUUCUACUCCACUUAGUUGUUCAUCAUCUUCAUCAUGUUACAGACCAAUGGUAGUUAGAAUGUGCCAAAAUCAAUCUUAUUGGGCUUCAAUUGAAUCUGACAUAGAAGCCCAUCUUAAGAAAGCCAUCACAAUUAGGCCUCCUGAAUCUGUCUUUGAGCCCGUGCAUUACUUAACCUUUGCAACACCCAAGUCCACAGCACCAGCCUUGUGCAUUGCAGCCUGUGAGCUGGUUGGUGGUGACAGAGCCCAAGCCAUGGCUGCAGCAUCAGCAAUACAUCUCAUGCACGUGGUAACUUACACCCACCAACACAUGCAGUCAACGCUGAAGGAGUCAGGGCCAACUAUUGGACGCAAAAAAAUUGAUGCUGAAUUACAAGAUGAAGAUGUGAGCCCGGCCCGUAAAAACUCGGAUGAGAUUUUGAGGGCUACUGGGCCCGAGCUAGAGCUUGCCAAUGAACACAAGUUCGGCCCGAAUAUUGAGCUCCUCACGGGAGAUGGGAUCAUGCCCUUUGCUAUUGAGUUGCUAGCUAAAGACAUGAGCCCGGCCCGGAAUAACUCGGACAAGAUCUUGAGGGUCAUAGCUGAGGUGACACGUGCCAUCGGGUCACAAGGGAUGCUAGAAGGGCAGUAUCGGGAGAUAGAAUGGGCUCGAUCAGGCAACGGAAACGAGAAACUGUUGGAAUACGUGUGCAAGAAGAAAGAAGGGGAGAUUCAUGCAUGUGGAGCUGUUUGUGGUGCAAUUUUAGGGGAUGGAAGUGAUGAAGAAGUAGAAAGCUUGAGGAAAUAUGGGCUUUAUGUUGGAAUAAUACAAGGAAUAAUAAAUGGAGUAGGAAGAAAUUACAACAAAACAAUGGAGAAAAGGGUGGAUGAACUGAGAGUGUUGGCCAUGAAGGAAUUGAAUACCACAAGUUUCAAAGGGAAGAAAUUAGUGAGGCCGAUUGCUAGUCUUCUUGAAGAUCUUUUCGUGCCUCUAUCAAAAUGUGAUCUUGUUUAGAUUUUCAUUGAACUACAUAUUUAAUUUAAACUAUAAAAUGGUGUAACUUGUCUACUUUUCAACAAGUUGAGUGGGUGAUAUAUUCAUUUAAAUGUUGUAAUUUGGUCAUUUCAAGUCAAACACAUUACUUUACUUUACUACGUUAGAAGAGUCGGUUGGAGCAAGAAUCGUCGUCCGUCCUUGCUACAACAUUGGGUGUAGGUCCCACCUCAAUUUCCUAUGCAAGCUUUUUGAACUAACCUGUUUACUUUUGUAACAAUGUGGGUCAGCUGAAUUUAUUUAAGUAUCAAUAUGUUAUGGUUUUGCUUAAUAAGCUUUUUA